AUGAAGGCGACCAUCCUUACACUUGCUGCGGCAGUGGCCCCGGUGCUGGCGGGCGUACCACCGGCGGAAUUCAAGUUUCCCGAAGCUGAUAACGAGCUGGGUGUGGCAUUCACAUGGAGCGGCCAAUCCAGGACCGUCUCGGCAGGCCAGCUGUUUGGCAGCAACAUCACCAGCCAGCAGCCUCAGCUUGCGGUUGAUCAGAAAAAGUUCAAAGCCCUAGCAGACUACAAGGGCGAAUACAUGAUCGUCAUGAUCGACCCGGACGCGCCAUCACCCGACAACCCACGGCUGCGCUCCAUCCUCCACUGGUUCCAGGCCUCAGUCACGGCCCAGACCACCGUGGCGUCCAACAGCACCCUCGGGGGCCAGACGGCACUGCUGCCCAAGGCGGGAGCGCAGGCCCUGGCGCCGUACGUGCCGCCCGGGCCGCCGCCCACUUCGUCAGCGCACCGCUACAUCAUCUACGCCUUUGCGCAGCCGUCCAACUUCAGUAUGCCGCGGACUUUUUCCAAUUUCAGCGCCACGAACCGCGCCGGCUUCAACAUUGACAACUUUGUCCGCGACGCCAAACUCGCCAAGCCGCUGGCCGCCGAGUACUUUUAUGUGUCGCGCCAAGCCAACGUUCCCGGCACCUUUGUCGACCAGCCCGGCGGCUCGUACCCCGGCGGCAACGGCAACGCCAUCUUCACGGCCAACCAGACGAGACCCUCGGGAUCGAGCAACGGCACGACCCCGGCGCCGACGAAACCAUCCGGCGGUAGCUCUAGUGGUGGUAAUACCGUCGGCAGCGGUGGUACCACCUAUACGCCGCCAUCGGUGCCGGGCAAAGCGGCCGUCAAGCAGCCUGCUGGUCUGGGUGCUUUGUUUGGAGCGGGGCUUGUAGUAGGACUUACUAUGUUGUUGUAA